GCAUCCGGUCUGGAUCAAAUUUCGGCUAAAGUUUUAAAAAUUGCAGCACCAUCUAUUGCUCCAUCACUUACUUUAAUUUUUAAUCAAUCAAUCCGCACUGGCAUAUUUCCAUCUGACUGGAAAGUUGCGAGGGUUACACCAAUUUAUAAAUCUGGGGAAAAAUUUUGCAUGUCCAAUUAUAGACCUAUAUCCGUUAUUUCAAUUGUUGCAAGAAUCAUGGAAAAGCUAAUACACAACCAGAUCUAUGAAUAUUUGAUUAAGGAAAAUCUACUAGCAAAUUCCCAACACGGCUUUAGGCCGAACCAUUCAACUCUAACUGCGUUGCUCGAUAUCACAAAUAGAUGGUAUCAGAAUAUGGACAUUGGCCAACUUAAUGGUGUGAUAUUUCUUGAUUUAAAAAAAGCAUUCGAUACUGUUAAUCACGACAUCCUUCUUAGUAAGUUGGCAAUUUAUGGCAUAAGGGGGUCGGCAUUACGCUGGCUCAACUCCUAUUUAACAGGUCGAAUACAAUAUUGCCAAGUGAAUGCCCAUUUAUCUGAUCCUCUAUGUGUGACAACGGGUAUACCACAAGGUUCGGCUCUUGGUCCACUCUUGUUCCUAAUUUACAUAAAUGACCUACCUAAUUGUCUGGAACACACUAAAGUCAAUAUGUUUGCCGACGAUACCCAAAUUGAAACGGCAGGUUAUGAUGUUAAUACAAUUGCUGAGGAACUUAAUCAAGAUCUAGAAAACGUUUCAGUUUGGUUGUCGGCAAAUAAACUAACUUUAAACAAAACGAAGACAGAAUACAUGAUAAUAG